GUUGCACCAACAUCUAAAGGCCUCAAGGAGGCCAGUCAGCAAUAUGUAACUAACGCAAGGGCCUUGAGAGUAAUUCGCUAUAAUUUUAUUCGACAUAAAAGAAAAACAAAAAGGCUUUAGCGAAAAUGUAGCGUCGGCAUUCCUGUCCGACUUUCCCGGCAUUUCGUUUACCAACAGGAUGAUCGGAUCUCAAUCUACCUCCCUAUGACCAACGUGGUGACAUUGACUAAACAUGAAACUACAUUUUGACAGUUAUAUGGAGGCAUCUGACAGCGACCCACUAUGCAUGAAACAUUGAAGAUGAGGUUUGCAUGGCCAGAUGGGUAUAAGUACUGCUGGAUCACCACCAUGAUAUUGCAGUAGACAUAAUCAAAUCACAAGAAUCAAAGAUCAGUCACUCAUUCAUUACCAAAAUAUUUCACUUCCUUUAAUUUUUGAUUCAACAAAAAUAUCCUGUCCUUUAGCCCAACAUGGUCAACGUCAAAUCCCUUCUUUUCCUUGCCUUUGCUGCCAGCGCCAUCGCAGCUCCAAUUGACUCUGAGAUCACUGAGGCAGAUGUCGCCCAGGCUGACACUACUCCUCUUGAGGUGUCUAGCACACUCCUCGACACCUCAUACCACUGUAAAAAGUCCACAGACAAGGCCAAGACCAACAACUCCGGUGCUUUGAUCGCCGACAUUUCCAAGAAGAAGGCCAUGGAAAGCGCCAAAUACGCCGGAGCCACCAACGGAGGCACUCUCAGCGGCUACCCGAAGGUAUUCGAAAACAAGGGCGGCCUCCAGUUUGCGAAGCCGUGCAAUAAGAAGGGCCACACCGUCUAUGAAUUUCCUAUCGUCAUCGGCCAGAAGUCGAACUACCCCAAGGACUCGAAGAAGGGAAACACAAACCCUGGUCCUAUCCGAGUCUACUAUGACCAGUACCUCAACUUCUGCGGUAUUGGCACUAAGCCAAACAACGAUAACUCCGGUGCUCCUCACCUGUGCAAGGCGGCUCUCCUGUAA